UAAGUUAAACUAAAAGGGAGUUUUUUUUCGUAAACCCUCUCUCUCUCUCUCUCAUGGCUACUUCUCUGUCUUCAGUUCUGGAUGUCCAUUUUACAGUCCAUCUCUCAGUCUCAGACACAAAGAAACCCAAUAUUAUCUUCAACUCUCCAUUCAGACAACACAUAACAACCAAAAGAGGAUUUACCAUUCUGUGUAACUCUUCCAAGUCUCUCCCAAAACCCUCUCCAGAACCAACCCAGAAAAACCCAAAUUUAUCUGACCAACUCAGGCCUCUAUCAACAACCACUCUCCCUAAACCCAACACUCACCAAAACCAGCUUUUGUCCAAGCCUAAGUCCACUUGGGUCAACCCCACCAAGCCCAAACGCUCUGUGCUCACCCUUCAGAGGCACAAACGCUCUUCUUACUCAUACAACCCUCAGGUCAGUGAGCUCAAGCUCUUUGCCCACAGGCCCAAUGACUGUGACAACUCUGAAGCUGCUUUCUUGUCUGUUCUUCAAGAAAUCCCACAUUCACCCACUAGAGAAAAUGCACUUUUGAUACUCGACAGCUUGAGGCCAUGGCAGAAAGCUCGCCUGUUCUUGAAAUGGUUCAAGACCCAGAAUUUGUUUCCCUUGGAAACUAUAUUCUACAAUGCCACAAUGAAGUCUUUGAAGUAUGGGAGACAGUUUGAGCUCAUAGAGGCUGUAUACUAAAGAUUCUAUCUUCAGAGAUUUCAACCUUCCUUCAAUCCUUUUAACAAUGU